ACCCGCUAGACUGAGCAGAUUUUCUGCCGGUUUCGUAGCCGUUCCACGGCCAGUUUUGUUGACUCUUGACUUACUGCCCCUGAGGCACUCUGUGUACGCUUUCGCUUGCUGGAUCUCACCGCUUUUACCUUGCUUACCUUUCGGCAACUUACCUAUUUAGUUCCUCACUCCGAGAAGACCCCUCCCUCCUCUUGCAAACUCACCUACUACUACCCAUCUAUCCUCCCAAGCGAUCCAUCAAAGACACAAAGACCCCCCCUUCGCCUCCCAGAAAGACCGGACCAUGGCCCUCACCUCGCGGAUCACCCUCACCGGCCCGGAGCCGGCAGAGCCAGAGGACUUCCUGGGCACCUCGCUUGGCAUCAUCUUUCCGGACGACGUGACCGAGCAGCACGGCGACGCCGAGCACAACCUGCUGUACACCUCGCCGCACCUGCCGCGCCCGCUGCCGCUCGCCCUCGCCGACGUCACCGAGGAGCGCGACCGGUGGCUGUUCAGCCACUACCUGUGGAACUCGUCGCUGCUGCUGGCGGAGCUGAUCGAGGCUGGCACGCUCGGGCUGCUUCCUGACGACGCUGCUGCUGGUGGGGUCGGGACGGCGGGUGUCCGACUGGGGUGUGACGUGGCGGGCCUGUCGACGAUCGAGCUGGGCGCGGGGACGGCGCUGCCGUCGAUCAUGGCGGGACUGCUGGGCGCUAGGCGGGUGGUGGUGACGGAUUAUCCCUCGCCGGUGGUGCUAGCGACGCUGAGGGAGAAUGUGGCUGGGGUAGUGCGGGAGAAGUACGCGCCCGCGGGGAGGUUCGCGGUCGAGGAGGUGGUCGUCGAGGGCCAUGCGUGGGGCGAUCUGGAGACGCCGCUGGCGAGGGAGAACAGGCGUGCGUUUGAUCGCGUGUUCGCGGCGGACUGCUUGUGGAUGCCGUGGCAGCAUGAGAACCUGCGGCGGUCCGUGGCGUGGUUCCUCGGGGAAGACGAAGGUGCACGGGCGUGGGUUAUCGCCGGCUUCCAUACCGGGCGGGACAAGAUGAGCAGCUUCUUUGCGGAGGAAGCGUUAGCGGCUGUCGGGCUUGAGGUCGAACACUUGUGGGAGCGUGACUGCAACGGGCAGGAUCGGGCAUGGGCUUGGGACCGCGGUGUCGAGGACUUAGGCGAGCGGAAGCGAUGGUUGGCGGUGGGCGUGCUCAGGAGGAUACGGGGGCCUGCAAGAGAGGGCGUGAAAGAGCCGUGAGGGGGAAAAGCAAGAGGAUAUAUACCCGGAGUGGAGUCCAGGGUGCCGUUCAGCUCUGGCCCUAUCUGGUAAAGCGUCGUGGGUUAGGAUGAGCAGCUGAGCUGAGCUACCUAGCUCGGCUUAGACUUCGCUUUUCUCCCCCUCAGCCGGCCCGUCAUUGGUGGUUGGGGUUUCCGGACGAGUUGAUCAAGCAGGGAGAUGUUG